AUGCAUAAGCUAGUACAUAAAUUUCCAGAUUCGUCGAGUUCGGUCUCAUUGACACUUCCGGUGUGUAUCGUACUAAAUAGUGCAAAUCCAGCCCAGUGUGCAGAUCCUCCACCAGUGCUGCCGUGCAUAGACAACAUUAAAUUGAAAAAUAUUACAUGUUCCUCUACCUGGCUACGCAGUCUUCUCAGCACACUGCUGACACUCGAUCAUGACGUGUACUGUUAUCUGACGAAUUGUAACAUAACAUCUUGUAAAUCUGAUGCAGUUCCAUGGGCAGAUACAGAGACAGACGUAACAUUAACGUGUUUCAAGAAUACAUUAAAACUGAUGCACAUUAAAGGUAGUGUCAGUCGCGGUCUGUGGGAGGCUCUCCAUGGUCUGAAUAUCAAGAGUCUGAGUCUGAGUGGUGAAUAUCUAGGUUUAAACGUAAAUUAUGAAGACUCGAUGUCCCAGUCAACUUCUUCACUCACUCAACUGGACACGCUCAAUAUUAAAGUGAAUAAUGACAGUCCCGGUAUGUGGGACGCUCUCCGUGGUCUGAAUAUCAAGAGUCUGAGUUUGAAUGUUGCGUAUGGAGGUUUAAACGUAAAUUAUGCAGACUCGAUGUCCCAGUCACUUUCAUCGCUCACUCAACUGGACACGCUCAAUAUUAAAGUGAAUAAUGACAGUUCCGGUCUGUGGGACGCUCUCCGUGGUCUGAAUAUCAAGAGUCUGAGUUUGAAUGUUGCGUAUGGAGGUUUAAACGUAAAUUAUGCAGACUCGAUGUCCCAGUCACUUUCAUCGCUCACUCAACUGGACACGCUCAAUAUUAAAGUGAAUAAUGACAUUCCCGGUCUGUGGGACGCUCUCCGUGGUCUGAAUAUCAAGAGUCUGAGUUUGAAUGUUGCUGAAUAA